ACAGAAUCCUUCGCGCUUAACCCUCUCACGACCAUGCGUUCUUUUGCGUCCUUUGGAACCGUGGCCACUUUGCUCGUGGUGUCUGUUGCCGGCAUCGCGGCCAACAUCAACACCUGUACUAGCAAUUCUCUCUUGAACAUCCGUGGAGGCGGUUUCUUUGAGAAACUCGACUCCAAAAUCUCGUCGUGGACGAAGAGUGGCGAUGAGGCCAUUGAUAGAGCCUCCAAGGCGGUAGACUCUGCUUCCGACAGGACGAAAAACAAGAUUGACGAGACUGAUGCCAGGCUAAAGAAAGCGCAGACGGAUGCGGAGACAAAAGCCAAAAAGUACGCAGCAGACGCCAAGGUCAAGGCAGAGAAGACGAAGGCCGAGGCCAAGGCCAAAGCACAACAAAUGGCGGAUGAGGCCAAGGCAAGUGCAGAGAAGAUGAAGGCCGACGCCAAGGUUAGAAUCGUGAUCCCGCGUGCGUGCACAGGGCAUGACAAGGAUACGUACAUGUGCACCGGCAUGUUUUGA